AUGGCGAUCAGCUCUGGCUUUGCUUCUACACCUACCACAGCCACCUUCAGUCGUAGCCGGAACCGGAGAGUUGUACUUGCUACCACUAGUUUUCACGGCAAUGAUCCCGUUAGUUGGCUUAACUUGUUUGUUCAAAUAUGUGCACAUCCGUUCAGUGACUGCAAGGUAGUUCAGGUUUGCAUUCAGCAAAUUACUGGAGAUAAGGUGAUUAAGAUUGUGGACAAGAAAGCAAAGAGUGUUUUCAGUAGCAAGGUUGUUUAA